AUGGCGCGGGCGGAGACGCCGCCGCAGAAGCGCACAGCGGGCCAGGCCGCGGAGCCGAAGCCGAAGGGGCGGGCCCCCCUGAGCGUGGACGUCUACCCCGGGCCCGUGCCCCUGGACCCCGACACGGUCGUGCGGCGCCAGACGCGGCCGAUCGGGGAGUUCGGAGGGAACCUCGGGGGCUUCUUCUGGUCAGUCUUCAUUCCCAUCUGCAUCUGGUACUUCUACGGCUGCGUCGUCCUGAACGAGGGGGGGCUGCAGCUUCCGCCCUGGGACGCCGCCUGGUGGCAGAAGCUCUAUCACGAGCUCCCCGAAGGCAUCGCGAUCCGGCCGACGUGGGUGGGCACCAUGUCCUACGUCGCUUGGGUCAUCUUCCAGGCUCUGAUGGAGAUAUUCCUGCCUGGGGAGGUCCACGACGGCGUCAAGCUGAAGAACGGCAACCGCCUGAAGUACCCCAUGAACGGCCUGCUGUCGUACUUCUUGUCCCACGUUGCGGUCGUGGUGCUCUGCUACCUCGGCCUCGUCGAGGCGACCUUCGUGUGGAAGAACAUGGGCGCUCUCCUGACCGGCGGCGUCAUCUCCACCGCCGUCGUCUCGUGGUGGCAGUACAUCGACUUCGGCCUCCUGUGGAAGCGCCACGUGAACGACCCAGAGUUCGAGGAGGAUUGGGGCGUCUUCACCGUGAAGGAGAUCUUCAGCGACUUCUGGCUCGGGGUCGCGCGGAACCCCCGCUGCUUCCACAAGUGGUUGCCGAAGACCGGGGGCUUCGACAUCAAGCGCUUCUCCAACGCGCGCGCUGGCCUGACGAUCUGGAUCAUCUGCAAUUGGUCCUACAUGGCGGCGGUCUACUACGGGUGCUUUCUGAAGGACAGCGGAGAGCCAGUUUGCCAGGCGACCGGCGAUUGGAGCCGCAUCGGUCCGUCGGCCGUCUUCAUCUCGCUGGCACACUGGUACUACAUCUUCGACUACAACUGGAACGAGCCCGCGUACCUCACCACCACGGACCUCAGGCACGACCUCUACGGCUUCAUGCUGGCCUACGGUUGCUGCGGUUUCCUCGCGUGGUAUUACCCGAUCGCCUUCAUGGGCCACAUCGCGGGCCAGAAGACCCCCCUCACUGAUAAUUACCUCAACUUUGGCAUCGGCCUCACGCUCUACAUCAUCGGCAUGUACCUGUUCCGCGUCACCAACAUCGAGAAGCACCGCUUCCGCACCUACAUCGCCGACGGCGGUGACCUGAGCACGUACAAGGUCUGGGGCAAGCCCGUGCAGUAUGUCAAGACGGAGGAGGGUAGCUACCUGCUGGCGUCCGGCUACUGGGCCCUGGCGAGGCACUUCAACUACAUCGGGGACAUGGUCAUGUGCGUCGGCUGGACGGUGGCCUGCACGGGGCCGAAGCACGGCUUUCCCUGGAUCCCCCUCAGCUACGUUGCCUACUUCUGGAUCAUGGACAUCCACAGGCUCUGGCGGGACGAGGAGCGCUGCGCCCGAAAGUACAAGAAGGACUGGGAGACCUACAAGGAGAAGGUCCCGUACUUCAUCCUGCCCGGCAUCUUCUGA